AUACUUUUUCCAUACUCACAUCUUUUGUGAGUUUGUAGCAUUUAUAUUACAAUUAACUAUUGAGAAGCAUCCCCAUCCCUACAAAAUUAGGUGGCUUAAGAAGGGUGGUGAGAUACCAAUUACAUCACGUUGUUUGGUAAGUUUUACAAUGAGGUGUGAUCUAGAAGAAAAAGCUUUAUGUGAUGUUCUUCCGAUGGAUGCUGCACAUAUUCUUUUGGGUAGACCAUGGUUAUAUGAUCAUGACAUGAUACACCACACAAAGCCUAAUACCUAUUCCUUUCACAAAGGCAACAAGAAACACACAUUGCAUCCUUUAAAGAAGGGUAAUCAAACAAAGAGUUAACUAGCUGGGAGCAAGUUUGUUGGCUAUUCAACUACUAAAAAAUUGAAAUUGAAACUAAAGGAGAAGUGUAGGAAGAUGUUCUUGAAGACAGUUGGUGUUAAGGAAGUGAAACCAAGAAAGGCUAACUCAACCAAGCAAUUUCUGGUAAAAUGGUCAGAUAAAUGUCCAUGUGAUAGCACUUGGAUUGCAGAGGAAAAAUUCAGAAGAAUUGGACCAGAUAAACAUGUUGAAGCUAACAAGUCUUUCAAUUUGAAUCAAGCUAAAUUUCCAACCCAGGGAGAAUGAUGCAGGAGCAUAAAGUUUUAAUUAUUUGUUUGAGUUCUAUUUGAAAUCUAAGGUUUAAUUUUAGGAAAGUCAUUUUAAAUUAGGAUUAGAAUUAGUAGCUUAUUAGGAGUUCAUAGUAUAUUAAAAGUUCAAAUUAGAAUUGAAUUAGGAUUCUUGGCUAUUGUUAGUAGAUAUAGUUAUUCUUCUUAGAUUUCAAAAGCAGUUUUUGUUAUGAAAUUUUAGUUUGAGAAUAAACUUGGGGUUGAAAA